UCGUCUGGCAAGACUGCGGGCACCGAGUCGUCUGGCAAGACUGCGGGCACCGAGUCGUCUGGCAAGACUGCGGGCACCGAGUCGUCUGGCAAGACUGCGGGCACCGAGUCGACUGGCGGAACAGCGGGCACCGAGUCAACUGGCACGACAGUGGGCUCCGAGUCAACAGGCACGACAGUGGGCACCGGGUCAUCAGGUAUCGGAUUGUCUGGCUCGACAGCGGGCAUCGGGUCACCAGGCAUCAGGUCAUUUGGCUUGCCAGUGGGCACCGCGUCAUCUGGCAAGGCAGUGGGCACCGGGUCACCAGGUAUGACAGCGGGCUCUGAGUCUCUGAUUGCUGGGAGCAUCCGCUGGCCA